AGAUUAUGUAGGAAUAUCGAUAUGGCCGGGUCACUGGAACAUGCCGUGCCCAGCUCGGCUUUUUUCCUUGUCGCUGCGUACUACUCCGGCCUGAGGACGCCGUAGAGGGCGUUCUACAGCAGCCGGUGAUCCUAUGAGUUACUACGUAGCGUCAGUGAGUCUCCCGGGAAGUCGACAUCCAGCAUGUACUAGCGUGCUGCAGCUUACGGCUCAUUCGAGCCCAUCGAUUCGACGUGCACUACGAACGUCUCAACCGGCAUUCCAAGCUGCCUGUUUUGGCUGACAGCCACCGAAAUGGUCUAAAGCAUGGCAAGGACAUUUCUCGCCAUCGCUCCAUUGCUCCUGUCAGGGGCUGAUCAGCGUUGUCAAGGCGAGAAUUGUAUUAAAGAAGCUGCAUCGGACAGAUAUUCGACCGGCCUAGUCCAGUUGUUUCACGAUGGAUGAACAGUACAAGAGCACCGACCCUUCAGAGUAUCAAGUCUGCGAUCAGUGUCGUUUUCGCAAGAUCAGAUGUGACCGAACGAAGCCAAAGUGUUCCAACUGCACACGGCUGGGUUGCCGUUGCGAUUGGUCAGGGACUGGCAAGAGGAAAAGUCAAACAGCUAAUGUCGUCAAGACCAUCGGUGACUUGGUCGAACGAUUGAAUCAGCUUGACGAAAGAGUUUCAGAAAUCGAACUCUCUUUGUUGAAGAACUCUCUUACCCGCUCUCGAGACGUUCAAGCUUUGGAGUCUUCGACGAGCCCACUGAUUAUGAGCAACGGCGGGUACUUGUCUCCACCGAUGCAAACAAACGAUCAAGUCGCAGAACGUGCGGUCCCGACUCCUAUACCACCGCAGGUUCUCGCAGCCUUGAAGAUUCUUGCUGCGUGGCGAGACCAGCAACAACCCAACGGUGUCGCAAGCAAUGGAUACAUACAUCGCAACCGAGAGUCUCAAGCAGGACAUCCAUCCGAUAUCACCCAAAAUCCAACUCUAGAGGCUUUGCAGACUUUACAAAACCAGUGUCUCUCGCAAGAAAGAGGUGGUAGUCAUUUUGGCUUUUGCCCUCGCACGCCAGAAGAUGCCUUGGAGACAGCAUACGGGAAUGCCUGUUCCAGCAGCAUAUUGAGCCUGGAUCCAUCCCUCGCUUCAGGCAUUCAAUCAUUAUAUCAGAGCAGAAGAGUCAAUGCUCCAGUAACUAGUUAUCAGCCAUCUUUAUCGUCCGACUCUUCGAGUACCAGCCAGAGCGGCGUCCAGAACAAUUUCGACUUUCGAGACCUCGACUUCGACUUUAAUCGUCUAGAUCAGCUUGAUCCGGCAGUGAUGCAGAAUCUUGAGAACCUUCUCCAACAAUAUUUCCCUCGAUAGUUGUUACACUUAACGUCAGGUAUCUAUGGGUUCUUGCUGGAACGUGUUAUUCUGUGAAAAAAAUGAACAAUGAUCAUCAACAAGCAAAAUUACGCAUGGAAACUGAAGUUCCCUUUGUUUCCUCCAAUCUUUACUCGUUGCAUGUAUCCGAGUCAAUCGGUGAGUUUUCAGUGCUGACUCCGGAGGAUAUCCACCGAAUUGG